GAAGAAGGGUGAGAGUGUUUUGCAUUGGAAUUGGUAGAGACUAGAGAGUGAUGGAAAAAGAUUCGUGGGUAUGCAUUAUCAAAAACAUGCACCUUCUAUAUUGCCCGCACUAACACAUCAAAGUGCACCAAAGCCACAUUUUGAAUCACUACACUACACCCCAGUCGAUGUGGGCCCUUUCCAUCUUCCCCCCAUAGCCAAGCCAACACCCAACUCAUCAACAUCAUUGCCUUCUCUGAAUUAUUUCCCACUCUUCCCUUUUCUGUCACCAAAAGCCAUGUCCCCGUUCACAUUUGAUUAUCAUAAUACUUAACCACUAGAUAGGACUCAAACCGUGUUAUUUUUUUUCCUCCUUUGCACUAGUUCUUGUUUGCUUUUGUUGUGUGUGUCCCUUCCUCGCUCCUAAAUCUAAGCUAUGUUUCUUGAGGAGUGAGAUAACAGCACACAAAAACUGAUAAAAGAAAAAAAAAAGUUGUGGCUCUUGUGAUGGGGUGUUGAUAAAGGAGCUAGCUGGUGCUGCAAGGGUGUGUUUGGAUUUUGUAUAAUGGGUAAUUGCUGGUGUAGGUGGAAAUCAUCAGAGUAUAGAGUCUCAUCCAAUGUAAAGUCAGAACAAAACCAGGGAACCAAACAAAGGCAUGAUGAUAGUAAGUUACCAUCGAAUCCUGAAGAAGUAGAAGAUCUACGGCGUGACACAGCUGCAAAUCCUUUGAUAGCAUUCACUUAUGAUGAGUUAAAGAUAGUCACAGCAAAUUUUAGGCCAGAUCGUGUGUUGGGGGGAGGAGGAUUUGGAAGUGUUUACAAAGGGUUUAUUUCUGAGGAGUUAAUAAGGCAAGGGCUUCCUACCCUUGCUGUAGCUGUUAAGGUUCAUGAUGGUGACAACAGUCAUCAAGGGCACAGAGAAUGGCUGGCAGAAGUCAUAUUUUUGGGGCAGCUUUCACAUCCAAAUCUAGUCAAGCUAAUUGGAUAUUGCUGUGAAGACGAGCAUAGGGUGCUAAUAUAUGAGUACAUGUCCCGGGGAAGUGUGGAACACAACUUGUUCUCAAAAAUUUUGCUUCCCAUGCCAUGGUCCACAAGAAUGAAGAUUGCGUUUGGCGCUGCGAAGGGACUUGCAUUUCUUCAUGAAGCAGAUAAACCUGUCAUCUAUCGAGAUUUUAAGACAUCAAAUAUUUUAUUGGACCAGGACUACAAUGCAAAACUUUCGGACUUUGGCCUCGCUAAGGAUGGACCAGUUGGAGACAAAUCUCAUGUUUCUACUCGAGUAAUGGGAACAUAUGGUUAUGCCGCACCUGAAUACAUAAUGACAGGUCAUCUGACUCCUAGAAGUGAUGUUUACAGUUUUGGUGUUGUUCUUCUUGAACUUCUCACUGGAAGAAAAUCUUUAGACAAGUUAAGACCUGCUAGAGAGCAGAACCUUGCAGAAUGGGCUCUUCCUUUGCUGAAGGAAAAGAAGAAAUUUCUAAACAUUAUAGAUCCAAGGCUGGAUGGUGAUUAUCCAAUUAAAGCAGUCCACAAGGCUGCAAUGCUUGCAUAUCAUUGCUUGAACCGCAACCCAAAAGCAAGGCCUCUAAUGCGAGAUAUUGUAGACUCGUUGGAGCCUUUGCAGGCACACACAGAGGUUCCUAUUGGAAAAACAUUGACCAUAAUCAGUGAGGUUCCUGAAUCUGGUUUGAAAAUGAAAGAUGAAGCAAAAUGACACAAAAGAGGGUGUUGUUGUAGGUUAUCAGUUUCACUUCAUGUUCAUUGGGGGAGAGGUUUUGCCUUAACUUCUUGUGUUUAUUAACAUGAUAUAUAGGCGAUUUCUUUCUAUUCUAUCCCUUUCUUUGCUUUUCAACAUGGUUGUCAUAUAUGUUCAGCUGGAUUAUUGUAUGAACUGAUAUCUAGUUAAUCAGAAACAAACAAGCAAUAGCAGCAAAACAGGAUAUUGUUAGACGUUCUUCUGUUUCGGAGAAAA